GCAGCGGCAUUCGGGCGUCGGGUGACGCUAGGCGGACAAAUCGUCACGUGACACGGAAGUGACUACGAACAGGAAGAGGACGAAAAAAAUAACCGUCCGCGACGCCGAGCCGAACCGGACCCGCAGCCACCAUGAACAGCAAAGGUCAAUAUCCAACGCAGCCAACCUACCCGGUGCAGCCUCCUGGGAAUCCUGUGUACCCUCAGACCUUGCAUCUUCCUCAGGCUCCACCCUAUACUGAUGCUCCACCUGCCUACUCAGAGCUCUAUCGUCCGAGCUUUGUGCACCCGGGGGCUGCCACAGUCCCCACCAUGUCAGCUGCAUUUCCUGGCGCCUCACUGUAUCUUCCCAUGGCCCAGUCUGUGGCUGUUGGACCUUUAGGUUCCACAAUCCCCAUGGCUUAUUAUCCAGUUGGUCCCAUCUAUCCACCUGCCUCCUCCCCCUGGAUGCCCUCCCAAUGCUGCUCAGCUUGCAGUCAUGCAGGGAGCCAAUGUCCUUGUAACUCAGCGGAAGGGAAACUUCUUCAUGGGUGGCUCAGAUGGUGGCUACACCAUCUGGUGAAGAACCAAGGCCACCUCUGUGCCGGGAAAGACAUCACAUACCUUCAGCACUUCUCACAAUGUAACUGCUUUAGUCAUAUUAACCUGAAGUUGCAGUUUAGACACAUGUUGUUGGGGUGUCUUUCUGGUGCCCAAACUUUCAGGCACUUUUCAAACGUAAUAAGGAACCACGUAAUGGUAGCAGUACCACCCUAAAGCAUUUUGAGGUAGGGGAGGUAUCCAUUCAUAAAAUGAAUGUGGGUAAAGCAGCCCUAAGGAUCUUCCUUUAAUUCCUCCGGAGUAAUACUGUACCAUACUGGUCUUUGCUUUUAGUAAUAAAACAUCAAAUUAGGUUUGGAGGGAACUUUGAUCUUCCUAAGAAUUAAAGUUGCCAAAUUAUUCUGAUUGGUCUUUAAUCUCCUUUAAGUCUUUGAUUUAUAUUACUUGUUAUAAAUGAACUGCAUUAGUUAUCUGCCUUUUCCUUUCCGUCCUUUGCUCCACGUCCUACCCUCAACCCUCGUCUUCCAUUCCUUCCCACCGAUCUCCAUUGAAUCAAUGGUGCAGGACAGAAAGCCAGUCAGACUAAUUUCCUUCUCUCCUUGCACUUCUCCCCACCUGUCAUCUUUUAACUAGUCUUUCACAAAGGAUCCUCUGAAACCCCCGUGCCCCAAGCACAGACCCCAUUACUUCUGCUUUUGCGUCUCCUCAAGCAAAAGUGGAGGGUGCCUUUUGGACCCUCCUCGUAGGCUGUCUCUUCAUACAUGAACCAAAUUUGCAAACCCAAAUUUGCUUUGGUGCCAGAAAAACUGAGCUUUCUUUUAACAAAGGAUGCAAACUGUUUUGUAAACAGCAGUUUGUUUAUAAUUUGAGGGGCAAGGAGGAGGAUGCAUUUAAAAGCCUGAUGACUCUACAGCCAAAUUAAGGGGAGUUUUCAGAUCAAAAAUUGGUUACCAUUUCUCGUCAGUGUCUGAUGCAGCCACUCAUGGCUCCCAAGAAUUCCUGAGCUGGGUUAAUGGGGUCAUAUCGUGAAUGCCUCACUACUAAAUGACUUGAGUCCAGUGAAAUCUCAUUAGGGUUAAGAAUAUUUCAGGGAUCCUUAAUAUUUUGAUUUUUGUUCUCUAAAAUUGGAUUUUAUUUUAUUUUAUCUUAUAAUUUCAGUUCAUCUAAAUUUUGUGUUCUGUACAUGUGAUGUUUGACUGUACCAUUGACUGUUAUGGAAGUUCAGCGUUGUAUGUCUCUCUCUACACUGUGGUGCACUUAACUUGUGGAUUUUUUAUACUAAAAAUGUAGAAUAAAGACUAUUUUGAAGAUUUGAAUAAAGUGAUGAAGUUGCAUUACA